AUGGCGGCGACACUAGUAUCGCUAGCAGGGGUUCUGAUGACCCAGAUGAUGUGGUGCAGACCCAUUGGUCGGAAUUGGUGCGUUUUCCAUUAAAUUAUACUUAUUUAUUUAUACACCCUUUCCCGCUCCCUUGCUCCCUUCUCCGAAACCCGGUUGUCGGAAUUGCUUUUGUAUGAUACGCCGAGAUUGCUAACGGGCUUUCUGGAAAUGUUCUUUAGGUCCGUUGAAGAUAACUUUUGCUCCCCGCUUACAAAGCGGGAUUGGAUCAUUGCUGCAUCUUGGGUUAAUAUUGGAACGGACUUACUCAGUACGCGCAUCUAACUCACCUCGCCCCCAACUACCCUUCUAUAUAUAUCGGGAAGAAAGAAAGAGAGAAAAAAAAUUCCCCAUCUUGACCCCUCCCCUUCCCCUCCUCCCGUAACACGCACUAACCCCACAAAAAAAACAGUAUCAUUCAUCCCCCUCUCCAUAAUCUCCACCCUAAAACUCACCCCGAGGGAAAAGUACGGCUUCAUAACAAUCUACCUCCUCGGCUUCCUCAGCAUCUUUACCAGCUUCCUCCGCUUCCUGGCACUCCACACCUACACCUCAAGGCACACAUCCAGCACCCCCGAAUCCUGGAUCCGCUCGCUACGCCGAGUGAUCCUGUGGUCGGCGAUAGAGACGCUGGUAGGACAUAUAUGCUUCUGCAUCCCGGCCUUCCGCGUCUUCUUUCGGCGCAAGAAGUCGCGCAUCAGUUCCACGCUCACGUCCCGCAACAUCGAGAGCAGGAACACCAUGCGUACCGCCUCCGCCACGCCAGGCAGUGACAACUGGUUCGACAGCUUCAGCUCGAACCCGAACUCCCCGCUCACGGGAGUCAGGAGGCAGGAGCCCACGUUCCCGAGUCUUGCCCAUAGUGGGAGGCCCGCUGAUGCGUGGAUGCUCGUACCGCCCAGAGACAGCGCCGAAUCGAGUGAUGAUGAGGAGGAAGGGGGGCUCGGCCGCCGUGGGGGAUAG